GCACAGCGUUUCCGGUAACGGUGCGGGCGCUGGUUGCGCUGGGGGACGGAUGGACGAGGGAGCGGCGGCGGCGGUUGGCGUGGGGCGCAGGGUGGCGGCGGCGGUGGUGUUGGCGUUGCUGUCCUACCUCCUGGUCGCGCUGCCCUCACGCUGCGCAGGCCAAAUUAAUCUGAAGAGUCCACAGGAUAUUCAGGUCUAUGUUGUAAAUACAAAUUUCACUCUAAGGUGGAACUACACUGGGAAUGAUACCGAUGUGACCUUUUCAGCAGAAUACCAGUGGGUUGAAAGUUUUGAGACAAAUGGAACAGAAUGGAAGGAGUUGCCUGGGUGUCAAAAAGUUACUUGCAUGGAAUGUGACUUCUCCUCAGCAAUAACCAAAUACUGUGACGAACAUCAUGUGCGUGUAAGGGCUGAAAGAGGGGAAGAAGUGUCUCCGUGGUCUAGCAUUUUUGUCAUGGUUCCGUAUUCUAUAGCUCAGAUUGGUCCCCCAGGAUUAAAGUUGCAGUCCACAAAUGGAGUAAUAAAAAUUAAGGUUUCUCCUCCAGAAGCAAAUCAGGUCCAAAAAAUGUGGAUAGAUGAAACAAGUUUUAAAUAUAAUCUGGUUUUCUGGGAAAAUUCAUCAAAUGCAGAGUUCAGAAGUCUAAGUAUUUUUCCUAAUGACAUAAUUGAUGACCUUGCACCGCAUACUACCUAUUGUUUCAAAGUUCAAGCAACUCUUUAUUUGGACACGCAAGAAGGCUUAUUCAGUCCCAUUCAUUGUAUAAAAACUACCCGUAAAGUGAGUGACCCCUUCUGUGCGACAAAUGUGAGCAUUCUUGCUUUGAAUAUGAAAUUUCAUCUGCAUUGGAAUAAUCAGUAUAAACAGUAUGUGAGCUACAAUGUACAGUAUCUCCUUGGGUAUCUAAAGGCAUAUUAUGAAGAUUACUCUGAGAAGUGGCUCAAUGUACCCGGAUGUGAAAACAUCACUGAUACACAAUGCAAUUUCUCAUCUGUCAUCAAUAUUGAUGGAUUUUAUUAUCUCCGUGUGCAGGCCAUGAAUGAAUAUAAUAAAUCGUGUUUAUCUAAUGAAGUAAAAGUGGAUCCUCUGAGAAUAAAUGAAAUUGGCCCUCCUGGUGUAAAGGUGGACAUCAGUGAUGUUUUGCUCCAUAUCCAGAUUUCUCCUCCAGGAGGACCUGAGAACAAAGCCAUGAGGGACCAUUAUGACUUGUCUUACUGGAUUCUGUAUUGGAAGCAUUCAUCAAAUAAUGAGGAGGAAGUAAAAAUGAAAGCAAUAAAACAGACAAUAGGGACAGUCUCUGGUCUAACACCCUCAACUUUGUACUGUGUAAAAGUACAAGCAUUCUCACAAGCUUACAACAAAAGCAGUCAUUACAGCAAAGAGGAAUGCAUCAAAACACCUGGAGAUAAAAUUUUACCACUGAUCAUUAUAGCAACAUUUGUAACUGCACUGGUUGCCGUCUUGCUGGUGGCUACACCACUUAUUUUUGCCCUGUAUCAAGCCUACAACAAAAUCAAAUACGUGUUCUUCCCGUCAUGCCAGCCUCCUUUGAACAUAGAGGGCUUUGGAGGACAGCUCUUAAGCAGUCCUUAUCUGUCAACUACAGAAGAACCAAUAGAAAAUUGUUCUAUAAUUGAGACUAUCAUCAUGGAAGAAGUAAAUCAAACUGGUUUUAAAGACUACGAACAUUCUAAACAGAGCAGUCGAGACUCAGGAAAUUAUUCUAACGAUGAUGAUACUUCAGGGAGCAAAACAUCAGUCGGAACACUAGAAAAGGAAAUAGUGUAACUGUCAAGAAAGUAAAAUUCAUAUCUUGGGCUUAUGUACCCUUUCUGCUGCAAGCUGACUGAAGUUAAAACAGAGUUGACUCCUCAUACCUUACAGCAUAUUGACAGACUUUUCAUCAUACGAUGAAAAGAAUACCAUCUGCGUAAAGAGGAGCAGAUCUGUACGCUUUAUAUACUUGAACAUGAUAACCUCAGCAAAAGCCUGCUCAGUUCCACAAGAAGUUUCUCGCUAUCGUAGAGGUUUGGUUUGAAUACCAGUGUGUACUGUGACAGAAGCCUUAAAUUCCAGUACUGACUCUUACUAGGUUUACACAGGCAGAAGGAAGUUAAUGCUGGAUACAGUGUUAAGAGAUUUUCUGACGUUCUCUUCCAGCCCCCUCAAGGGCAAUGCUUUUUGGCUCAGCCCGGCCAGAGAGAUGCAAAAGAUGCAAAGAGACUACAGUGGCCUCUGUGAGGUGGCUUCUCUGAGCCCUCUUCUGGAAUUCCUUAUGGCCGUGGCUGCGGGAUGCUCCCAGCGCCCGCUUGCUUGUUCGUGUAUCUGCGUCCCUGCAUCAGGGUGCUCUUCUCUCACAGCACUCAGUAAUCUGGGCAAAUGUGGGGAGGGGAAGCAGCAGGAAGGAAGCAGCACUUUGCUUCACUUUAUUGUAAUGAAAAAUUUCAUAGUGUAAAUAGAGGUUGGGUCAAAUUGUUUUGCACAACAUUUAGGACAAAAAAUAAACGUGCAAGCCAGAUGUGCGCUGUGAGAAAAAACUGAAGAAUACUUGUUGCUCUACGCUUCUAUGGGAGAACUUAUCUUGGGCCGCAUAUCUCCGGGACACAGGGCUCUACCCACCCUGGGGACAGUGAUGCACAGACAUCAAUAUGAUGGACACAAAAUGUCCGUUUAUUUGGCUGCGUCACACGCUUAUAUGGCUCUUGCGCUUCCUGUUCCUGCCGCUCCUAUGGGGAGGAGUCUAUCUUUCCGUCACAGCCCGUGAUCUUCCGGUCGCCGAUCCCUGUCUAUUCCCCUACAAAUACUGUUACUUUAAAUGACAAGGCAUGUUAAGAGGCAUAUUCUUGAUUAUUUCCCCACACCCCUCCCAACUAUGUAAUCAGAAGUGUAAAGUACUUCUAACUGAAUUGUAUUUAGAAAUGUGGAUCUCUCUUAACAAGGAGGAAACUUAAUUCUGUAACUAGAAGGACCCAAGUUGAAUUUAGAAAAUGCCUUUUAACGGAAUGGUGAGGCUGCUUGUCAUUCAAAGCUGCUCCAGCUUAGUCUCAUUUUGCCAACAGUCUUUUCUUUGUACAAAUUACAAGGAUAUGCUGCAAUAAUGUUUCAAUUUGAAGUAAUUUUUUUAAGUACCUUAUUUUAUGAUGAGAUUGAUUUUUAACUGGUUUUGAGCUCAAUGAAGGCUGUUUAACAAGCAAAGUUGGUGUUUAUUUUUUUUUUAAUUUUGAAGAAGUGAUGUAAUUUUGUAAGUUUUGUGUUCAUCAAAGAACUUAAUAAAUUUUGCACAUUUACUUCUUUA